GACGCCCGGCCCCGGCCGCGCCGCUGCUCCGGCCGCGCGUCUUGUGCCCGUCCGCCCGCCUUCCUGCUGCCCCGGCCCCCGCCCGGUUUCUUUGUGCGGCGCUGCCGCCCGGCCUGUCCCACUUCCGGGCCUCUCCCCUCGCCGCGGCCGCCGCGGGACCCUACGCGGGGGAAUGCUCUGCGGGCCGAGUUCGGGGAGACAGGAAGUGAGGCGUGCGAGCCCCAUGAGCGCGCCGCGGCGCGGGCUGGCGUGCAGGCGCGGCUGCGGCGGCCGCGCGGCGGGGCCCCGGGAGGCGGGCCGCUGAACGGGGCGCGCGGCCCCGAGGAUGCGGGAGCGGGAGCAGCACUGGCGUGGGUGCUCCCAUCACCUGGUCUUUGGAGACUCAGUUGCUUUUUAAUGGCGGCAGCAGCUGCUGGGUGAGCAGCCGGAGACUGUACAGUACUCCUCCCUUCAGGACAGGAUCGCUUUCUCUCACCAUUGCCACCACUGGAUUGGUGGCGGUGCUUUUCCCUUUUCACCCCUCCAACUCUUGAAGGGAGAAGAAGAUGCCACUGCCAUUUGGAUUGAAACUAAAACGCACCCGGCGCUACACGGUAUCCAGCAAGAGCUGCCUGGUUGCCCGGAUCCAGCUGCUCAACAAUGAGUUUGUAGAGUUCACGCUGUCCGUGGAGAGCACUGGCCAGGAGAGCCUGGAGGCUGUGGCCCAGAGACUGGAGCUGCGGGAGAUCACUUACUUCAGCCUCUGGUACUACAACAAGCAAAACCAGCGCCGGUGGGUAGAUUUGGAAAAACCUCUAAAGAAGCAGCUGGAUAAAUAUGCAUUGGAACCUACCGUCUAUUUUGGAGUGGUGUUUUAUGUGCCUUCAGUUUCACAGCUGCAGCAGGAGAUUACCAGGUAUCAGUAUUAUCUGCAGCUGAAGAAAGAUAUCUUGGAAGGAAACAUUCCUUGUACAUUAGAACAAGCAAUUCAGCUAGCAGGCUUAGCUGUUCAAGCUGAUUUUGGUGACUUUGAUCAGUAUGAAUCCCAGGACUUUCUUCAGAAAUUUGCCUUGCUUCCUGUGGAGUGGUUACAAGAUGAAAAAGUAUUGGAGGAAGCAACCCAAAAAGUGGCCUUACUGCAUCAGAAAUACAGAGGGCUGACAGCUCCUGAUGCUGAAAUGCUGUACAUGCAGGAGAUAGAGAGAAUGGACGGCUAUGGAGAAGAGAGCUACCCUGCCAAGGAUAGCCAAGGCAGCGACAUAUCCAUCGGAGCGUGUCUCGAAGGUAUCUUUGUGAAACAUAAGAAUGGAAGGCCUCCUGUGAUAUUUAGGUGGCAUGAUAUUGCUAACAUGUCCCACAAUAAGUCCUUUUUUGCAUUAGAGCUGUCAAAUAAAGAGGAGACCAUCCAGUUUCAGACUGAAGACAUGGAAACAGCAAAAUACGUGUGGAGACUCUGUGUUGCGCGACACAAGUUUUACAGACUGAAUCAGUGCAGCCUGCAAACUCAGACCGUCAUAGUGAACCCAAUUAGGAGGAGGUCUUCUUCGAGGAUGUCUCUGCCUAAACCCCAGCCCUAUGUGAUGCCUCCCCCACCCCAGCUGCACUAUAAUGGACAUUAUACAGAACCAUACACUUCUUCCCAAGAUAACCUGUUUGUGACCAACCAGAAUGGAUACUACUGUCACUCUCAGACAAGUUUGGAUCGAGCCCAGAUUGACCUGAAUGGUCGCCUCCGCAACGGCAGUGUCUACAGUGCACACAGCACCAGCUCCUUAAAUAACCCCCAGCCCUACUUGCAGCCCUCACCCAUGUCCUCGAACCCGAGCAUCACUGGGAGUGACAUCAUGAGGCCUGACUACGUCCCGUCGCACCGGCACAGCGCCCUGAUCCCCCCGUCCUACCGCCCGACCCCCGACUAUGAGACGGUGAUGAAGCAGCUCCACAGAGGCCUGGCGCCCGCCGAGAGGCAGAGCCGCUCGCUGAGAAACCUCAACAUCGGCAGCUCGUACGCGUACAGCAGGCCCGAUGCGCUGGUCUACAGCCAGCCCGAGAUCCGGGAGCACGCGCACUUCAGCUCCCCCCCAUCGGCCCACUACCCGUUCAACCUGAAUUACAGCUUCCACAGCCAGGCCCCUUACCCGUACCCCGCAGAGAGGCGGCCGGUGGUGGGUGCCGUCAGCGUGCCCGAGCUGACCAACGUGCAGCUCCAGGCCCGGGACUACCCCGCCCCCAACAUCAUGAGGACGCAGGUGUACCGCCCGCCGCCCCCCUACCCGUACCCCAGGCCCGCCAACAGCACCCCUGACCUGUCCCGCCACCUCUACAUCAGCAGCAGCAACCCCGAUCUCAUCACCCGGCGGGUCCAUCACUCGGUCCAGACGUUCCAGGAGGACAGCUUGCCGGUGGCGCAUUCCCUGCAGGAGGUCAGCGAGCCCCUGACCUCGGCCCGGCACGCCCAGCUCCAGAAGAGGAACAGCAUUGAGAUCGCCGGGCUGACCCACGGCUUUGAGGGCCUGCGGCUCAAGGAGAGGACCAUGUCGGCGUCGGCGGCGGACGUGGCUCCGCGGGCUGUCUCCGCGGGCUCCCAGCCAAACGUCGUCACGGAAAGGACAAAGCGAGAAGAGGAGGACGAGCAGGAGAGCCUGAGAUACGGUCACAAAAAGUCUCUUUCAGACGCCACCAUGCUGAUACACAGCAGCGAGGAGGAGGAGGAGGACUUGGAGGAGGAGCGCGGGGCGCGGGCGCAGCCCUCUCCCCGGGCGCGGGAGCCCCGGGGCAGCUACUCCCAGGAAGCCCCGCUGAGCGGCCCCCACACGCCCGGCCCCCCGGCCGCCGGCCCCUUGCACAUCCUUGAGCCCAAGGUCCACGUCACUGAGGCCGAGAGGAAGGGGAGGGACGGCAGCCCCGUGCCCACGCCCGGGGAAGGCCCGCGGCCCAGGAGGGACGGGCUGCUGACGCCCUCCAUGUCCGAGUCCGACCUCACCACGUCGGGGAGGUACCGCGCCAGGAGGGACUCUCUGAAGAAGAGGCCAGUGUCAGAUCUCCUCUCCGGAAAGAAGAACGUCGUGGAAGGGCUUCCGCCGUUAGGGGGAAUGAAAAAGAGCCGAGUAGAUGCAAAAAAAAUUGGUCCUCUCAAACUGGCUGCCCUAAAUGGACUCUCCCUGUCUCGACUGCCUCUGCCUGAUGAAGGAAGGGAGGUGCCUGCCAGAGCCACGAAUGAUGAGAGGUGUAAAAUUCUGGAACAGCGGUUAGAACAAGGAAUGGUAUUCACAGAAUAUGAAAGAAUUCUUAAAAAACGGCUAGUUGAUGGGGAGUGCUCAACAGCACGACUCCCUGAAAAUGCAGAAAGAAAUCGGUUCCAAGAUGUUCUUCCCUAUGACGAUGCCAGAGUGGAACUGGUCCCAACCAAAGAAAACAAUACCGGUUACAUCAACGCGUCACAUAUCAAGGUCUCUGUCAGUGGAAUUGAAUGGGAUUAUAUUGCCACUCAGGGACCAUUACAAAAUACCUGUCAGGACUUUUGGCAGAUGGUGUGGGAACAGGGAAUUGCAAUUAUAGCAAUGGUGACAGCAGAAGAGGAGGGUGGAAGGGAGAAGAGCUUUAGGUAUUGGCCACGCCUUGGUUCCAGGCACAACACUGUCACCUAUGGAAGGUUUAAGGUCACCACCCGGUUCCGCACAGACUCUGGCUGCUACGCCACCACGGGCUUGAAGAUGAAGCACCUUCUCACGGGACAGGAGAGGACGGUGUGGCAUCUCCAGUACACAGACUGGCCUGAGCAUGGCUGUCCAGAGGACCUCAAGGGGUUUUUAUCAUACCUUGAAGAGAUCCAGUCUGUCCGACGCCAUACAAAUAGUGCAAGUGAACCAAAAAGCCCCAACCCUCCGUUACUGGUCCACUGCAGUGCCGGCGUGGGACGGACUGGCGUCGUUAUUUUGUCAGAGAUCAUGAUUGCCUGUCUGGAACACAACGAGGUGCUGGACAUCCCACGGGUGCUGGACAUGCUGAGGCAACAGAGAAUGAUGAUGGUGCAGACGCUCUGCCAGUACACGUUCGUAUACCGAGUUCUCAUUCAGUUCCUGAAAAGCUCAAGGCUCAUAUAAGCUCCCACAACUUCCUACGGGGACCCGAUCAUGUGAAGCGUUUACAGCGGAAAAAAAUAGUGCUUGCGGAACUCAUGCUCUCUACUCCACUCGAUGCACGCGGAGCGCUACAUCAGGACGUAAGUGACGGGCUGAAUGAUGGCACAUGGAAGGAAGUAUGCAGAGCACAAGGCUGAAGAGGGGGUUUAACCUGGGAAAGAUGCCGAAGAGGAAGGACUUGGUUCUGAGGGCGUUGCCCUGCUCCGAUCUGUCCGAUUUGCAGUACUUGCACACAUUUGGAGAUUGUAUUUUCUAGAUAAUUCUCUAUUUCGCUGAAGCUACGCUGGGCAAUUCUGGCAAUCACUAAGGCGUAUAGGUUUCUAUCUUAAACUAGUUUUUGAUAAUGGAAUUUUCUGUUAUGACUAAAAUAUUUGGGGUUUUCUUAUUAAGAAACUGAACUUUCCAUGGGGAUGAUCCACAGAUGUGAGUAGUUCCUAUAUAACUUUGUAUUUAAAACUACGUUAUUAUCUUUUGUUAUUUUUAAAAAAUCUUGGGUACUUAACAAUGUAGUUACCAAACCCCAAACUACAAGAAGAAUCUAAAAGUGUUAUUUUGAAACACAGAAAACAUUUUAAUAUUCAGAAAGUUUUUUAUCCUAAAAAUUCUAUAUAUUUGUACCUUCUGUAUUUUCCAAACAAGAGUUCAGCUCAUUAAGGUACUGAGAUGAGUCAGUUAAUGUAAGUUAAAGUUGGGAAUGAAGGCACAUUAUUUAAAACGUAUGAAAAUAAUCAGAUUCACUAUUUUUUUUUUCAGUAUUAUUCACAAACCCAAAUGAGUUUGAUUUUAUUGGUUGAAAAUGAAGUGAAAAACAGUUGCAUAAGAUGGUUUUAAGCACUUUUUUUUGUUGAAAACAAUAAAUCUGAGUUUUUAAUAUAUGUGUUGCUUUAUAGGUGAAGCAGUAACAACGGACAUAUUGAAAGUGUUUUGGAAGAGAUCAGGAAUAAGAGUUUGUAGGAUGACUAGGACAAGAGUAAUUGCAGUGUAAAUGCAAGAUGGUAAAUUCAAGCUGCCUUUGUCUUUACAAAAAAUGCAGUGUUAUCUAUACUCAGACUGAGAUGCUGGGAUGGAGAGUGGGGGGCUUGGGAAGAGUCUGGGGGCUGACCCCCCGAGGAAGGUGUCCCCAGGAAGUUCAGGGCCCAUCACUGGCAGUGACUCGCUCUGUUCUUCCACCUGUACCUCUCUUCUUUUUUUAACAAAUCAGGUUUAUAUUAUGAUUAAAAGAAGCCUUGAAGAAGCUUUAUUUUCUUUUGGUUGAAAGAAGGGAAGUGUUAGUAAUAGUCUUACCUCAUCUCCCAAAACCGCAGCCCGGACUUGCGGGGCCCCCAGAGAUGACUGUGGUGUUCAAGAUGUACCGGAACUUUGGCUCCUUAAUCCUCUCACUUCACACCUGAGGUCAACUUUAGCUCCGCUCCCCCCAAUCCCAUUUAGGCCCAUCCCAGGGGCCUGGUCGCAGUGGGAGCUGAGGAGGUAAGGAAGGACGAACUGGUCCGUUUAGCUGAGGAGCCGUCUCUUUCUUCCUUCUUGAGGAUGCGUCUCCAAAACAUAGAGCUUCUGAAAUGUCAAAUCCAGGAUUAUUUCCCCAAAUUACAAUAUCCUAGGGAUAGUUCUGAUUCCCGUGUUAACUCCUAAAGCAGUUUAACUCAUUAUUGUCACCGCUAAGUGUGUGUCGUUAGCUGUAAGGCAGGAUUUCCUUUAUACAGUGUGUAUAUCUGCCGAACUCUGACCCAGAAACCAACCACUUGAGAGGAAAAUUCAGACGAUAUUAAUGAAAAUGAAUAUUGAAAGUGGGCAUGUUUCUCACUUGGGAACAAAGAACUGAUUUUAAAUCUAAAAUUUUGUUUAAAGAACAAUAGACCCAAGUGCAAAUAUUCAGGAAGAGCUCCCCAGGAGAAUGGAAUAAGUUUUUUAUUGUAAUAUUUCCCAUCUCCACACCAUGUAGAGGACAGGAGUGUUUCUGAUGCUUUUUUUCUUCCAUGGUACGUUUUUUAAAAAAUGCUUUUCUGUCAGGUUUAAACAUUUUGAAGUGUCCCAUUGACAAGAACAUACUGUAAAACAAAAUCUAAAGAGUAAUAUAUGGUAUGUUUGUGUUCCUGUUGUAAUAAUUUGAUUAUAAGAAAAUUACUUAUGAGGGCUAGAUUACGCUGUAUAAACGUCACUCUUAAAACUCGCAUGUUUGACGUAGCUUCUAAGACCCAUGUAAUUUUUUGUGUCCCUUUUGAAUUUUUAAACUUUUAAUUAACAGUCAGUGAAUAUGAAAGUAUUUCUGAAUAAAAAUAAAUCUACAUUA